AUGAAUGCGUACGAUAACAUUUUGAACUUUUGCAAUAAUAAUCGAGUGAUUUAUUCGAGUCGUUUCAACCGUCGUAGAACAACGAAAUCGAUCUGGAUUCAACUAAACAAAAGCGAUUCGAACCAUUUAAAGUGCUCAGUCGAAUUUCAGCUGGAGGAACAGAACGAACGUCUGAGGGUGCAGAAUUUGAAGUGUACCGCACAAUUGCAAGUGCUCAAGUCGUGUGCUGAUCGUACCAAACAUUGGCAGAAUUCACUACUCUUCUCGCAUUCUGUAACGGUAAAUUCGAUUCACUCAUUAUUUGGUCGAUCAUUUUUGCGUUUGAUUAGANAGAUAACUCAUGAAGAAAUCAGUCAAAAAUUCAAAGCAAAUCCAGGUGCUUUGCCCACAACGAUGAUGGAUCGAACGUCUGAUGACAGCGGUCUGACAUCAGAUGACACUUGGGAGCGGAAGACGGAUCUGAUGACGCAAUCAGCGUCUGCACUCUACAAAUGCUGCUCUCUCAGACAUGUCGUCAAGAAACCUGGAAAACCCGUUCGAGUACGAGGCAACUCGAUGAGUCAUGAAGAUGGUGACGAGGCAAACUCUUCGACGACCGAUUCGUCGCCGUGGGAGGAAAAAUCAAAACCAAUUCCGACGCCACGCAAAACAAAGACAAACGUUGUGGGCAUUGCGCAUAAUGUGAUCGAACGCGACAGCUUGAAUUCAUACGAUGACGAAAAUGAUUACAGAGAAGAGGAUGACGAAAUUUUCGACGAAAUUGAUUUCCCUCAGUCGCCAAAUGAACAGGAUGCUGCCGAAUAUGUGAAUCUUAGCGAAAUGUUCCUAUUGGGGACAAAUUCGGAAUAUGCUGAUAUCAUGAAGACGACUGCACCUGCACUUCCUGUUCAUCGACCUCCGAAUCAAUGGGAGACGAAACUGUAUCAAAUGGCAGACCGUUGUUUGAGUACGGUACUGAAUGAUGACGACGCAGCACAAUGCAGCACACUACUGAAUAAGGCACAUCUCAACGAUAAUGUGAGCACAUCAUCUCCUCAUUUGAGUGCAAUAAGACGACUGCCGUUGAAUUGCGAUCGUUCUAAAGAAGCAUGUGAUUGCUUAGAAGCAACACAUUGUGCUGCUGCUGCUACGAGCGAUUUGUGUUCAUCGCCAUCGAGACGUUCAGAUCAAAGCUCACGCUCAUCGAAUCGCCGUCGAAGUCAUGAUGUGGUCAUUAAUAAAGAAGGUGAUUACGCGGUACCACCGGAUGCAACUCAUGAUGUACGUGGUACACUUGUUAAUUCAGGACAACCGGCAGAAAAAAGCGGAUACCUUAUUCAAAUGACCGACAGCAGACUCAAGUCAUUGAAACGUCGAUAUUUUGUUCUGAAGGAAUGCAAUCUUUCGCUGUACAGGACCCAAAAGAACUACAUGAAGGGUGAAGAGCCUCUCGUUAGAAUCGCGAUUUCAGAUGUACUUUCUGUGACAAAGAUCUCGAAUAAAAUGGGAAACGGCCUACAGAUUCUCACUGCAAACAGUCGACACUGCUAUACGGGUGAAUCGGAAAAAGUUACUGAUGAAUGGCUAUCGGUGCUCAAUCAGAACGUGAAAACAGCAACAAUCUCGGAAGUAAGUCAGCGAGCGACAGCCCUCAAUUCGUUGAUCAGCGGAUAUGUGGUCAAGGCAAAGUGUGGCAUAUCAAAGCGGUUUUAUGCAUCCGUAAUUGAUGGCAAACUACUUUUCUUCAAAAAUGCCGAAGAUCGCAUUCCGUGUUCGCAUAUGUUUUUGAAAGGAGCGCAUAUCUGCGAGAAAUCAAAAGGUUCGGCUGAUGAGUAUAGUGGAAGUUCGGAUGAGCAAAAUGACAAUAAGGAGAGCAACAAUUUCGAGCACACAAUUUCAAUUGAGAUCGCUGGCUCAGACCCAGUCUAUAUAGUGCUGAAGAGUAGUGAGGAAAAGGAUAAGUGGCUGUAUUUUCUGAAGAAUGCAGCUGGAGAUGCGGCCAUUUGUGGAACACCUUUUGAAGUUUUGGUACAACGAAUGAUGACUGAACACCGCAGUAACGUUGAUCUUCCGCUAUGGAACGAUGUAUUAUUGACGAGUUGUGAGGAGAAGCCAAAAGACACUUUGACGACAAUCACCGACGAUAAUAUCAAGAAGAAAGCACUCGAAUUGAAUCGUGCUUCGUAUCUGUUCACUUCGGUGUUGAUGCGACCAUCGGGCGUACAGUACCACAUCGAUCUGGCGCAAAACAUUCUUUCAACUGCUAUGCACAAUGACGCACUUAAGAAUGAGCUAUACGCUCAACUCAUCAAGCUUACGUCCGGUGCAAUGCCGUAUGGAAUACAGGCAUGGAAGCUGUUGGCUUUAGCAGCACCGUUGUUCACACCACGGCAAUAUUCGCUUCUUUGGUUACUUCGACAACACAUUAAAAAAUGGAUUGCUACGAACUCCGACGAAGGAAAUCUGGCAAAAUAUUGUGAGCGUGCGAUGAGUCGUUGUCUUGAGGCAGGUUGUCGUUGUGAAGGACCGAGUAAACUAGAAGCAAUUUCGAUUCUCACUCGCGAUCCAACAUCAACAAAUAUGCCGCACAGUAUUGCCGUACUUCUACCGAAUGGAGAUUAUCAUGUGAUCGAUUUUGAUGGAUCAACGGAUAUUGGCGACUGCCUAUCGGCACUUUGUGUUCGUUGUGGUCUAAGACCGGCUUUGCUGAGCGGUUACGCGCUCUACGCUGAAGACGCUCUUGAACAAGGCAGAUACAUAUUGUUGAAAGGCAAACAGAAGUUAUGUGAUUGCUUAUCACGAUGGGAACGUGAGCUGAUGGAUAGUAAGUGUGGACGUGUCACCGAGGAGAGUGCUCGCAUUCGACUCGCCCUUCGACAGCGACAAUACUGGACACAUCUGACCGCUUCAGAAACACCAACCGAACGACUCUUUUUGGUUCAUCGAAUGGCGAGCGAGAUCGUUGCCGGACGUUUGCCGAUGAGCAGUGAACUUGCUGAAGAACUAGCCGCUGUGUAUGCUCAGAUGCAUUUCGGUGACGUUGGUGAAGCGAUAAGCGAAGAACAAUUCAGCAAAAUUACUUCAUCAUAUUAUCCGGCGAAAAUGCUCGAUGUAGGUUGUGAACGAACGCUUAGGCUAAACAUUCAAUCGCACUGGAAACAACUGAAUGGUACAACAGUGGCUGAUUGUGUACGCAUGAUUUUAGUUGUGCUCAGGAAAUGGCGUUUCUUUGGUGCGCACGUUACUGAAGCUAAAAUGAAGAUGCGCAACGAUGAGAAAAUCUUCAUAGCGAUUAACGAUCAGGGCGUGCAUUUGCUCACUUCGAAACAACUUGCAAGUUUUACACUUGUGUCGUUCGGUGGCUAUCGUAAUGAUUUCAUGCUGACCGUCGAACGAAUCUUACCACCUGAAGCUCAUCCCGAGGAAACCGCCCGAGAGAGAUUGACAUUUUCGAUGCCCCCUAGAACAAUUGAUCAGGUAUUUGUUUGCGUACUAUUGAUUCUUAUGUUUGAUCAUGUUUCUUAUCCUUUCAAUCAACUCAGUAACUCCCACAUAUAA